CGCAGUUGAAUAAAUUCACAACAUUCCAAGGUCUUGCUGACCUGUCGCGGACUGAUUCUCUUGACCUUGUACAAUUCCCCCAAAAUAUGCAAGAAAGACCUGUGACUGGGCAGCAUGUUAUUAUCUCAUUGUGUACGAGGAUGUGGUCAUGCGUAAUGCAUAAUGAUGAACACAUGUUAAAAACAGGGAAGACCUAGGCUCACCGACACAAGCCAUAACACCGGGGAUAUUUCAAAUCGACAUCAACGCAAUAGUAUAUACGUGUUCGCAGUAUUGUAUGUAUGAUACGGUGACAUUUAACAGUUGAAAAAGGGGAUUGGAUCAGCUGCCGCACUCCCCGACGAUGCCCACGUAUGAUAUUGAGAACAGUUACGAUGCAUCAAGUACCGUUGAAAUUCUCGAGCUCUCCAAGGCAGGCGAGAAACGGCAACAGCAGGUUGAGAACGAUCCCGGAUUUUACCAAGAAUACGACGCCAACAGUACGAAACUACCCGUUUGGACCCAGGUAAUCCGAUUCCUGGCGACGAUCGUAAUAGUGUGUUUCAGCUUGUCCGCUAAUUGGGUCAACAGCAACUUGCAAUGGCAGCAUUUCCCCUGGGAGCGAUACUACGCCGCGGCGGCCGACAACGCGACAACAGAGUAUGACGGCGUGGCGCCGGUGACGUACUCAGAAGACUCUGAACGAACGACCGGUAUUGGAUGGCUGACGAAUUAUGAUAUUUCCACCAUUAUGGCUCUACAAGGUUUCUGUAUUAUAUUGACUAUUUUAUAUGCAGUGGAGUUGUGUGUCAUGUACACUAAUUACCACUCCGCAAUGCCACAGGACAGUGAUGCUACCGCGGCGUGUGUUCUACGGUGUCACUUCAUACAGAUAUUGACAACCCUACUGAUGGGCGAUUUGGCCAUCUCGUUGAUCAACUACCGGUUGACUGGCGUCGGACCAAAUGGGUCUUGCCGACUUGCACUAUUUCAGUACCCAAACGAGCUGAACAUUGCACAAACCGUCGCCAUGGCAGCCACUUUUCUUAUACUAGCCAAAAAGUUAAUUUAUUUCUUGUGUAUUAUAUUAGUGCCGGUACUGGGACGUACGCGAUGUUUUCGUUGCACUCAACGCAUUCCUGGUAAUUUAUAUUUUUCAAGCAGAAAACAUGCCACGUACAUCCAGCGUUACAGGUUGUGUUAUGCCGUGAUUGCUCUCUGUGCCGCUGUUGCCUCGAUCUACUUCUGUGUUGGGACUCUGGUAAACAUUGUCGGUCGGACAGACCAGGCGGACGUGCGAAUUUUGACCAGCGUGCAUAAAUAUGGACACGUUAACGAUAUCGCAUCCCGGCGUUCGCUACCUGUGGCAACUCUGGAAAACGCAAUCCAAGCUGGGCCAGGUGGUUACGAAGUGAAUAUGCGAUGUAACGAAUUAUGGAACGAAAAUAGUGGUCUAUCUGAGCCUCGCGUGGAAUGUUCCCCGCCCGACUGUUCGGUACGAAUACAACUGUUUUACAGCCCCCGAAAUAACUCGUUUUGGCACCAGUUUGUCGACGGUGGCGGAUCUACUCAAUCGUGGACAUGCUCAACAACUGUUAGUACAACGGACGGAGACCACGAUCAGUACUACUAUACUAGCGACGAUGUAUGGGUCUCGUAUUAUGAUACGUGUUACCGCGUAUGUGACGCCGUAUAUACAACUAGAAAUAAAACUACGAACUUGAACGAGUCGUGUUUCUAAAAUGCAGAAACGAACAUGCAUGACAGUGAAUUUAAGUUAGUUCCAGGGACCAUGUUGCCAGUCGAUAGUUGUGUGAUUACAUAACACAACACGAAAAUACAAUUACGGCCAUCUUACUGCCACAAUUCAGGUCGUUUUUUUAUCAAAGCCUCGUAUUUUAUAUUGCCUCAUCCUCUCGAGAGCCCAAGGCCUAAUCCCGACGGUACCCAUUGUUCCAAACUAUGCAAGUACCACUUAUACCCUGGGCAAACAGCUCGUAUAAGGUUUUGUGAGUACCAAAACAUAACCAUGUAGACGACUUGCAUCGCCACGUGUUUCAAAUCAAAAAGUCAGAAAAAAGUAUAUACAAGUCAUUAUUAAAACUAUAUUGUCGUUUUUCCCUAUAAGUGGCAUCAAUAAAUAUGUAGUUGACGCUACUCGUGUCUAGGCAUGUCUCCAGCUUACUUUCUCAUAUCGUACGAUUACCGCAAGGGCGUGCGUAACAUAACGUAAUAGCCUGCAGGCGAAAUAGUAACGCCAGCGAUAUACGCGCCCAUAACGACGUUGAUGGUUACUGAGGGGGUACAGUAAUGGAAUCUUUUCUAGCGGGCGGGUCACUCUGGUUACACGUUACGUCAUGAUUAUACGAAUCACGCGAUGUGUUCAGUACGGUGAAUCGAUCGGAGAUGUGCUGUCUGACAAUAUACAUUUGACUAAUGAAGGUUAUGUAUACACGACCUCUGAUACAAGAAUGCGAGUGCUACUCUAGACUGAUUUCGCUCACUGUAUUUGCUUUGGCAUUCUGGUACGAACAUGUACUGUGACAUAUAGCAUACAGAAUAAUACACCUGAUCACCUUAGAGUACGACUUAUGAAUAUUUUUAUCCGGAUUAAUAUUUGUACAAUAUAUUUUGAAUAGUGGAAGAAAACAAUGUACAUGUUUGGGGACCAAUUGUUAAAAUUAAGUUUGAACAGAGUUUGUGUGUGCCAAGUACUAAUUACUGCCAAUAUAAUUUGUUUGUAUUUGAAUGUAACAUUCGUGUUGAGUAUUAAAUAAAGGGAAAUACAUGA